AUGAGUCAGAGAGGUCUACAAAUAUUUUCAUCACUACCACCAGAGCUUCAGUUCCAAGUUUUGAAAAGAUGCGAUGUGGGAUCUCUAAAAUCGUUUAUGGCUAUAAACGAAAAUUAUAGAAUAUAUUGUGACAGUGCCAUAAGGGAAAAUCUCGAGUCUAUCUUCUCUAAUCACCAGUUUGAGCUCAGCGUCUUCACACCGCAACAGGAAAAUAUAAGGGCUGAACUAUAUAAGACCAAAUGCUGCACAGAAAUUGGAAGCCGAAAUAUCGGUAAGAAGUCGCAAGAAGUGUUACAAAAAUAUGAUAAAAAAGGGAAUGUGAGGUAUCAUGAUUCAUAUCUAUAUGGGCUACAGCUCACAGGAACACGUGACGUGUUGUCGGACAAAACAUUCAAGGCAGAAAAAGGGGAACAGAAAACAAAUACCAAUAAUCAGGUAGAAUCAGAGCAGCCUUUUAUACAUUUGGUAAUAUCUGAAGGUGUUAAGUACAUUCAGCUCCAUUUAAGUUUGUACGCCAGGUCUAUCGACGCAUCUACACCUGCUUUGGAAACGCACGGGACGAUCGUACUCGAUGAAGAAGACAAAAACCCGAAAGGGACAUUGUCGCUAAGCGGGGGAAAGUUCAAUGUGGAGUAUACACUCGAAAGUGAGGGCGAAAUACCACCAAGAAGUCCGUAUGACUAUGAUGUUGUGUAUGGAUACAAGCUCAAGCUUUCGGAAUUCCGCAUCGACAACAUGCAUCUAUUCGAGGGUAUCUCAUCUCUGCACCAAUAA